UCGUUUGUCGCAAAGCUCUACUCGAUGCUGGAAGAUGAGACCAUCUCGAACAUGAUCUCGUGGGGCCCAACAGGCGACGUCUUCUCGGUCUCGAAUCCUGCUGAAUUCUCGCGUCUGGUCUUGCCUACAUGGUUCAAGCACGCCAAUUGGCAAAGCUUCGUCAGGCAGCUGAACAUGUAUGGCUUCCACAAAGUCAACCAUACCUUUUCUGGUCUUCCAAACGAGGAAGUACAGAUUUGGGAGUUCAAGCACACAUACUUUCGCAAAGGCGAAGUAGGCCUUUUGAGCGAAAUCAAGAGGAAA